GCAAUGAGAUUGUCGAGCUUGGGUUGCAGCCUCUGCGUGGUGUGAGAACGAGACUCAGAAAAAGAAAAGAGAGAGAAAGAAAAUCGAAGGCCACGAAGCUCGCAUCGCUUCCCAGAAGAAGACGACGCUUCCCAGCUGUUCCGUUUUGGAAUCAUUCUGCUACAUGAUGCUGAAGAAGUGACACAGAAAUUUAUUCAGUGCACAGAACACUGAUACCCAUGGCAGGACUUGUCUCUGGGGAACUGUCACAUCAUGGAGCACCUGAUGGCAACUCUUCUAAAAGUUCUAAGGACACCCAGGAAGAAACACUGGGUCGCUGGUAUAUGUCCAGGAAAGAAAUAGAGGAGAAUUCCCCGUCAAGAAAAGAUGGAGUUGACUUGAAGAAAGAGACAUAUCUGCGCAAGUCAUACUGUACAUUCUUACAGGAUUUAGGCAUGAGACUUAAAGUGCCUCAGGUUACUAUAGCUACAGCGAUAAUAUUUUGUCAUCGGUUCUUUCUUCGACAAUCUCAUGCAAAGAACGACAGAAGGACCAUUGCAACUGUCUGUAUGUUCCUUGCUGGGAAGGUUGAAGAGACUCCUCGUCCAUUGAAGGAUGUUAUUCUUGUUUCUUACGAGAUCAUUCACAAAAAGGAUCCUGCAGCUGCACAAAGGAUAAAACAGAAGGAUGUAUAUGAGCAGCAGAAAGAACUAAUUUUACUUGGAGAGAGGGUUGUACUGGCCACUUUAGCAUUUGACCUGAAUGUUCAACACCCCUAUAAGCCCCUUGUCGAGGCUAUAAAGAAGUUCAAUGUUGCAAAGAAUGCCCUUGCACAAGUUGCAUGGAACUUUGUUAAUGAUGGGCUGAGGACAUCGCUCUGCCUGCAAUUUAAGCCACAUCAUAUUGCAGCAGGUGCCAUUUUCCUUGCUGCCAAGUUCCUGAAAGUGAAGCUUCCAUCAGAUGGGGAGAAGGUUUGGUGGCAAGAGUUUGAUGUCACCCCACGUCAACUAGAGGAAGUUAGCAAUCAAAUGUUGGAACUCUAUGAGCAGAAUAGAAUACCACCAUCUCAAGGAAGUGAAGUAGAAGGAAGUGGUGGAGGGGCAACGAGAUCUGCUACAAAAGCUCCUGGUUUGAAUGAGGAGCAGGCCUCAAAACAUACAUCCUCACAUCCAGCUCCGCAUCACUCAUCUGCAGAAAAUCAUGUGGUAGCACCUAGGGGAACAGAAAACCAAAGCAAUGAUGGGAGUGCAGAAAUGGGCAGUGACAUUACUGACCACAAGGCUGACCUGGAAAUAAGAGAGUCCCGGAACUCUGAACAGUUUCCUCUGAAAGAUAACAAGAGAGAAGUAGCAAAUAGAUCUAAAUCUGGGACCGAACGCAUAGUUUCAGGAGACCAGGAUAGAAUUGUUGGGACAAAGGAGGCUUCAGAAGUAGGAAGGAGGGAUGAUCUGGGUUCGCAUAAGUAUAGCAGUGUCGGUCGAAAUAUGGAGCUUCGUGAAGGUCCUGUUGGUCACUCACCCAAAGAAGCAAUGAAGAUGAUUGACACAGACAAAGUGAAGGCUGCACUGGAAAAAAGGAGGAAGGAACGAGGGGAAAUGACCUUAAAGAAAGAUGUCAUGGAUGAGGAUGAUCUCAUUGAGAGGGAGCUCGAAGAUGGCGUUGAAUUAGCAGUUGAGGACGAGAAAAACAAGCGCGAGAGAAGACGGAACUGGUCUAAACUGGACGAGGCAGAUCACGGUGACCAUGAGGAAACCGGAGAUGGUAAACACACAAGCAUGAAGGGACAAUUACAGAAAGACAUGAAUGCAGACAAUGCAGAAGAGGGGGAGAUGUUAGAUGAUGCUUCAUCCCUGUCUAACAAUCGCAAGAGAAAGAUGGGAAGUCCUCCUCCGGGUAGGCAACCGGAGAUGAAAAAGCGGGGUACUUCCGGUCUCUCUGAGGAUGGAAAUGUGAAAGGUAGAGUUGGCUAUGACUAUGAGGAAUGAUGAGGAAAAAUCCUUGCUGAGGUGAAUGUUCUACUGUCCUUGAUUUGGUUUCUGUGAUUUGCCUUAGAAAGUUGCAAAUGAAUGAAUUUGGAGGAUGCUAUGCUCUUGUAUGCGUUGCACAUUUCUUAUUUAAGGAACGGAAUGCCUCAAUUUUGGUAGUGACAUUGAAAGCUUACCUAUUUAAUAUGUAUUUCUACCUGAGUUCCCUUCCUUAAAAAAAAAGAAGGAAAAAAAUUCAAUGAUCGAGAUUUGAGAGCUGUAAUUGGCAAAGCAAGAAUUUCAAGUAUCUGUUAGAUCUAUCUACCUCGGCUACUUAAGAAAAGUAACACGUCAGUUUCAACCCAUAGAGAAUUGGGUUGAGAAUCCACUGAAUGUUACCAUUUCACUUAAAUAUAUAAAUGCAAUAGAUAUGUAAGUGAAUUUAAACACUUCAUUUCGUCCAAACACCAAAAUGAUAUUGGUCUACCAUUUUGUUA